AUGUCUACCAAAACCACCAUCAGGAGUCAAACCAGCCACCGUGGCUUCCCUGCCACCUCAGCCAGAGUGCCAGGGCUCAACCGUUCUGGCUUCAGCAGUGUGUCUGUGUGCCGCUCCCGGGGCAGUGGUGGCUCUGGGGCUGUGUGUGGAGGAGCUGGCUUUGGCAGCAGGAGUCUCUAUGGUUUGGGGUGUUCCAAGAGGAUCUCCAUCGGAGGGAGCGGCUAUGGCAUUGGGGGAGGCUAUGGCAGCCUAGUUGGAGGACGCUUUGGCUUUGGAGGAGCAGGCAGUGCCUUUGGGUUUAGUGGUGGAGCAGGUUUUGGUGUUGGCUAUGGGGGUGCUGGAUUCCCUGUGUGCCCCCCUGGAGGCAUCCAAGAGGUCACCAUUAACCAGAACCUCCUCACCCCUUUGAACCUGCAAAUUGACCCCACAAUCCAGAGGGUGAGGACUGAGGAACGUGAGCAGAUCAAGACCCUCAACAACAAGUUUGCCUCCUUCAUCGACAAGGUGCGGUUCCUGGAGCAGCAGAACAAGGUCUUGGACACCAAAUGGGCCCUGCUGCAGGAGCAGGGCACGAAGACCGUGAGGCAGAACCUGGAGCCAAUGUUUGAGCAGUACAUCAGCAACCUCAGGAGGCAGCUGGACAGCAUCCUUGGGGAGAGGGGCCGCCUGGACUCAGAGCUGAGGAACAUGCAGGAUACAGUGGAGGACUUCAAGAACAAAUAUGAAGAUGAAAUCAACAGGCGUACCACAGCAGAGAACGAAUUUGUGACCAUGAAGAAGGAUGUAGAUGCAGCCUAUAUGAAUAAGGUUGAACUGCAAGGCAGGGCAGACAGUCUGGCAGAUGAGAUCAACUUCCUGAGAACAGUCUUUGAUGCAGAACUGUCUCAGAUGCAAACUCACAUCUCAGACACAUCUGUGGUCCUCUCCAUGGACAACAACCGCAGCCUGGACCUGGACAGCAUCAUUGCUGAGGUCAAGGCCCAAUACGAGGAGAUUGCUCAGAGGAGCCGGGCUGAGGCUGAAUCUUGGUACCAGACGAAAGUGAGUACUGAGUUGGAGAACAAGCUGGAAGGGCUGGAGGAUGCCCUGCAGAAGGCCAAACAGGACAUGGCCAGGCUGCUGAAGGAGUACCAGGAGCUCAUGAAUGUCAAGCUGGCCCUUGAUGUGGAGAUCGCCACCUACAGGAAGCUGCUGGAAGGAGAGGAGUGCAGGCUGUAUGGUGAAGGUGUUGGACCAGUCAACAUCUCUGUGGUGCAGUCCACCGUGUCCAGCGGCUAUGGCAGUGCAGGUGGUGCCAGCAGCAGCUUGGGCCUAGGAGGAGGCAGCAGCUACUCCUACAGCAGUAGCCAUGGCCUUGGAGGUGGCUUCAGUUCUGGCAGUGGCAGAGGCAUCAGUGGUGGCCUCAGCUCCUCUGGUGGCAGCUCUUCCACCAUCAAGUACACCACCACCUCCUCCAGCAGGAAGAGCUACAGGCACUGAAGUCCCUGCCACCAGAAUGUGUCCCUGAUCCCCAGUCCCCUGGCUGCAGAGCCCUGUGCUCAGGGGCUGUCCUUGCUGGCCUUUCACCUCUGCUCUCUGGUUAGGGCUGAGGGCUGAGUCCUUGUUGCUUCUCUGCCUCUUAACCUCUGGGUUCCCAUUACUCAUCUUUUGAUUGUCAACCUCUGUCUGACUUCACAUCACAAUUCACUUACAGUCGGUGCUGCAAAUUGUAGGUUUGUUUCCAGGCUCUUGUUUCACUGGGUCUGUCUCUGAGGCUGCCUGUGAAAGGGUGUCUCUGUCCCUGCUAUUCUGGAAAUCAUUGUUGGUACUACUCAACUACACCGGAGGUUCCCUUUAGUUUCAUGUGACCUGAGAAAAC